AUGAACACUGUUAAAUCUUUCUGGCUGGGCUGGGGCUCUCUUUGCGUCGCUGGUGGCGGUGCCUACUACUUCGCUAAGCAGCAGAUCAACGCCGACCGACAGGCCAAGAUGGAAGCCCACCGCAAGAAGAGACAGAUGAUUGAGAACUUGGAAACCACAGAGGGCAACGGAAGCCCUGCCCGCACUGAUAGCACCGGCUCUCCAAGCCAAGAAGCAAGCAGCGACCCUGCCCCUACGAGACAUGCGCCCGAGACCGAGAGUCAGCGAAUUGGAGAGAAGAGCAAAUACGAAAGCGUAAAUGUAUACCGAAGUCCAAAGGGAGAUCGAUUCUCUUAA